CUCGUAAAAUUUUUGGUACAUACAUAUACUUUCCAAGGACAAUAGACGGUGUUUGUGAAUGACAAUUGCUAUAUUGUUCAUGCAUAUCAAUACAAAUCUUAAAAGUCUGUGUUACAAAUCUCACAAAUUCUUGUGUUAAGAAUUUUGAUUGUAAAAAGUCUUUUAAAAAAGUCACUGGAAAUCUCACAAAAUCAAUACAAUCUCACAAAGUCUUUUAAAAUCUUCAAGAUUUUUUUUUGCCAAAAUAGUCUUGUGAAAUCCCAAUCCAAUACACCCCUUAGUGCUUUAAUGUUGCUAUUGAAUCUGUUAGUCAGGGUGUGCUUUCGGUUUAGUUUUUCUUCUGUUGGUCUUUAUAAGCCCUGUUAUUAUCUUACAAAAGAUGGAUCCAUUUGUUAUCUCAAAGUAAUUGUAAAAUCAUAUCUUAAAAAAGUUUAAGCAUCAUUUUUUAUAUCAGUAAUAAUUUAAAAGGCAUGUACAUAAUAUGUAUGCGUUUUGAACUGAUUAUGUAACUAAUAAGCCUAAGAAUUAUCAUGCCACAGAGGUGUUUAACCCACAAGGUAUGUUAUUUGAGCAUCAAAAAAUUGAUCUCUAUUUAUUUUUUACUUUUUACUUUAUGCACUUUACACACAUUUUAAAAAUACACAUAAAAAACACUUGACAACCAAUUCCUUCCAUCAUUGACUUUGUGAUGGCAACACUGCCUGCCACUCAUGUGUUUGACAGCUGUAAUGCGGUUUCAUGUACAAUGUGUAUGUAAUAUAUAAUUGGUAGUUGGUCAACGCAUCAUGUGUUUUUCUUACAGAUGUUAUUUUCAUUUUUUUUGGCUAUAAAUCAGUUUUUUAACAAAAAAUGUACAAAUCAAUAUUUUGUUGUUGCCUGGUUUGAUCUUAAGCUCUCAGUAUAGUUAUGGCAGGACAAGUGAGUGGAUCUGUGAUGGGAGAGAUGAUGAAACACAUCAACGAAACAGUCAAAAAAGGACUAUUGAGUAGGUAUGAAGUGUUCUUAAGUUUCAGAGGGGAAGACACACGUGCUUCAUUCACUUCACAUCUAUAUGCUUCUCUUCAAAACAACGGAAUUAUUGUUUUUAAGGACGAUGAAUCACUUCAAACUGGAGAUCACAUUUCAACUUCACUACCGCAAUCAAUCGAAGAUUCUCAAAUUUCUGUUAUCGUUUUCUCAAAGAAUUAUGCAGAUUCGCGAUGGUGUUUGGACGAGUUGGUAAAAGUAAUGGAGUGUCAUAGAACCAUGGGGCAUAUAGUGUUUCCAGUGUUCUACAAUGUUGAUCCUUCAGAGGUACGUCACCAGACUGGUAAGUUUGGAAAAGCUUUUCAAAGUCUCUUGAGCAGAGCUUCAGUGGAGGAAGAUGUGUCGCUGAAAUGGAGACAUGCACUUGGUGAGGCUUCUGGACAUUCUGGCUUUGUAGUUCUUAAAUCCAGGAAUGAAAAUAAGGACAUCCAGGAUAUUACUGAAAAAAUUACUAAUUUGCUUGACAAGAAAGACUUGUUCAUUGCUGAUAAACCAGUGGGAGUUGAUUCUCGAGUGCAAGAUGUUAUUCAACGGCUAGACAUCCAACAAUCAAAUGGUGUACAAUUUCUUGGGAUGUGGGGUAUGGGGGGAAUCGGAAAAACAACCAUUGCAAAAGCCAUUUAUAAUGAAAUUGGUCGCAAUUUCGACGGGAGGAGCUUCCUUGCGGAAGUUUGGAAGAAACCUGCUGGACAAGUGGAUUUACAAGAACAACUUCUAUAUAAUAUCUACAAAGGAACAAAAACCAAGAUACAAAGUAUUGAUUCAGGAAAAAUUAUAUUAAAGGAUAGGCUUUGUCAUAAUAGAGUACUUAUUGUUCUUGAUGAUGUGGAUGAGUGGGAGCAACUAGAUGCUUUGUGUGGAAGUCGUGAUUGGUUUGGUCAAGGGAGCAGAAUAAUUAUCACAACUAGAGAUAUGCAUAUACUUGAAGGGAAUAGAGUUGACAAAAUAUACUCAAAUACAAAAAUGAAUGAAAAUGAAUCAAUGGAGCUUUUUGAAUGGCAUGCAUUCAAGCAAGCGAUACCCACCAAAGAAUUUGUUGCAAUUUCCAAAAAUGUCAUUAUGUAUUCUGGGGGGUUGCCAUUAGCUCUAGAAGUUCUUGGACGCUAUUUGUUUGAGAGGGAGGUAAAAGAAUGGAAGAGUGUAUUGGAGAAACUAAAGAGAAUUCCCAAUGGAAAAGUACAAAACAAGUUGAAAAUAAGCUAUGAUGGUUUAGACGAUGAGUACCAGAAAGCAAUAUUCCUCGACAUAGCAUGUUUCUUUAUUGGAAUGGACCAAAAUGAUGUUAUACAUAUAUUAAAUGGCUGCAAUAUGUUUGCAGAAAAUGGAAUAAGUGUCCUUGUUCAGCGAAGCCUAGUAACUAUUGAUGAUAAAAACAAACUUAGAAUGCAUGAUUUGUUGCGGGAUAUGGGAAGAGAAAUCGUUUGUAAUAUACCACGAAAGGAGCCUGAGGAGCGUAGCAGGUUGUGGUUUCAUGAGGAUGUUGAGGGUGUAUUAGAAGGACAAACUGGAACAAAAGCUGUUGAGGGAUUGGCUUUGAAGUUGCAAGGAGAUAGUGUGAAAUGUUACAGUACUAAAACAUUUGAGAAGAUGAAGAAUCUCAGAUUGCUUCAACUUGCUGGUGUACAACUUGAUGGGGACUUUGACUAUCUUUCAAGAAAUUUGAGAUGGCUUUCAUGGAAUGGAUUUCCUCUAUCAUACAUUCCUACAGAUUUUUAUCAAGGAAAUUUAGUUUCCAUCGAAUUAGAAAAUAGCAAUAUUAAAGUUUUGUGGAAAGAGCCCCGGAGGAUGAAAAACUUGAAAAUUCUUAAUCUUAGUCAUUCUCAUCAUCUGACACAGACCCCAAACUUUUCAUACAUGCCUAAUCUUGAAAAGUUAGUACUCAUGGAUUGUCCAAAGUUGUCUGAGAUUUCUCAUAGCAUUGGAGAUCUCAAAAAUAUUCUUCUGAUCAAUUUGGAAGACUGUAUUAGCCUUCGUAGCCUUCCAAGAAGCAUCUAUAAGUUGAAAUGUUUAGAAACUCUCAUUCUUUCGGGAUGCUUAAUGAUUGACAAGUUGGAAGAGGACUUGGAACACAUGGAAUCUUUAACCACUCUUGUUGCAAAUAACACUGCAAUAACAAGAGUGCCCUUUUCAGUGAUCAGGUCAAAAAACAUUGGGUAUAUUUCUUUGUAUGGAUUUUCUCGCCAUGUAUUUCCAUCUUUCAGAUGGUUUCCAUCAACAAGUUCUCCUUCAUCUUUUGUUUCUUUAGAUAUAUCACAUUGUAGUUCAGAGGAACUGUCAUCUAUUAUUUCCAACCAGCUUUCAUGGCUUCGAAGUCUAUGGGUAGAGUGUGACUCAGAACUUCAACUUUCUAAAGAUGCAAAAAUCAUUUUAGAUGCUUUAUAUGCCACAUUUUCGAAGGGAUUGGAAUCGACUUCAGCUACUUCACAAGUAUCAAAUACGAAAACUUCUGCAUUAACUCAACGCUGCAGUCAAUUGCACGCUUCCGGAUCUAAACUUUCCAUGAAGUUUGUUCUAAUACAAAUGGGUAUGAAUUGCCAAGUCACUAAUAAUCUGAAAGAAAACAUUUUACAGAAUAUGGAUGAGAGCUGGAGUGGUGGUUCUUUGCUUCAUCGUGAUAGUUAUCCAGAUUGGUUAACCUUCAAUUGCAAAGGUUCUUGUGUAACUUUUGAAGUCCCUCAAGUGGAAGGGCGUAUGUUGAAGACAAUGAUGAUAUGCAUUGUCUAUUCUUCCACCGCGCAUAACAUAACAUCAGAUGGCCUUAUAAACUUGUUGAUAAAAAAUUACACAAAGGCCACCAUUCAACUCUAUACGAAAGAGGCCUUAGUCUCGUUUCAAGAUGAGGAGAGGGAGAAGGUAGUAUCAAGCAUGAAACCUGGACACAAAGUGGAAGUUGUUGUUGUUUUUGGGAAAGGAUUCAUCGUGAAGGAAACAAUAAUUUAUCUUGUAUAUGAUCAACCAAUUGGAGAAAACAUGGAGAAAUGUCAAGAACAAGAAAAAAAUGUUAUUGUUUAUAGUGGUGAUGAUAGUGAAGGCACUGCGAGGACAACCUCUCCGCAAGUGGAACUUGUUGAUGAAAAUGGUGGCACUGCUUGUUGUUGUGGAUUGAUCAAAUAUGGUUUCAGAAAGUGGAUUAUAAAUUUUAUGUGCAGAUUGGUCGAGUGCAGGUGAAAGACAAGUUGGUCUCGAGUUUGUAGGCGGAAGUCAUCCAUUUUCCCAUAAAUCGUUCAGUAUGCUUCAAAUAUUUUUUACAAUGUGACAAUGUCAAAGACAUGCCUUCUACUAAGUUCUAAUGUUGUUAUUGAAUCUGUUAUCUUAUAUAUAAGAGGUGUGUUUAUUAAUUAUCUCAUUGUAAAUUCAUAUCUUAACUAGGUUAAGAAUCAUUUCUAUAUUCAGUACUCAUUUAAAAGUCAUAUAAUAUUUUUAUGAACCAAGUGUAGACUAAUAUGUAGGUUUGUUAUUUUGAACAAUUAAGAGUGUAUUUCAUUUCCAAAUUAGACUUUGUCAAAGACAUGUAUGCCUCUCAUAAUCUCAAUGUUUGAAUUUUGUUGUUUAA